GCGGCUGUUCUAAAACAUAACACUCGGAUUGGUUUGAGUUUAAACAAGCUAACAGAGGGUUGGACGGGAUGCGCCGGAUAAACUGGAAUAUGAUAAAACAGACAUUUACCUUUAAUGUUCUGAUAAAUAAAGCUGUAAUUUAAAAGGAAUGCAAUUUCGCUCUGAAGCGGAAGGGUGAAAGUCAUCCUGUCAAGCUGAACGCCGCUGUUAGACCCCGCCAUCGUACUACUGAGGCUAACCAAGGUCUGCGUUGGUGUGAAACGCCUCGGUUUCUGGUGCCAAACUCAGGGAGAUGGCUUCACCCUUCGUGCCUGUCCCCGUCCCCAUGAACAGAGCGAUGUCCGGCGGCAGGCUGAGGCGGCCGCAGCGUGCCGCGUCUCUUGGAAGCGUCUCCAGCGGCUCCGAGUCGUCGUCUCCCAUCACCAGGUCGGCGGGGGACGAGCGGGGUCGGACCUGCGGGGGGUCAGGAUCGCAGCGGCAGUCACGCUGCCCUGAGAGGGCCAACCGCAGCCUGACGCCCCCGCCGCCACAGAGCCCCUUGCCCCAGACCAGGGUGAACGGGACACUGGAGGCAUCCGUCCAGUACUCGACGUGCCCUCGCUCCAUGUCUGACCCCGCCGGGAGCCAGCAGGCGGAGGAGAGGCCGAUCACCCCGACCGUGCUGGGGUACGAGGUCAUGGAGGAGAGAGCCAAGUUCACGGUUUACAAGCUCCUGGUGAGGAAAAGUCAAGACGAGAACUGGGUUGUGUUUAGAAGAUACACCGACUUCUCCAGACUCAACGACAAGCUAAAGGAAAUGUUCCCCGGCUUCCGACUCUCGCUGCCUCCUAAGAGGUGGUUUAAAGACAACUACGACAGCGACUUCCUGGAGGACAGGCAGCUGGGGCUACAGGCUUUUUUGCAGAAUUUGGUUGCACACAAAGACAUCGGCAACUGCCUUCCAGUGAGGGAGUUUUUGUGCCUCGAUGAUCCUCCUGGGCCUUUUGACAGCCUUGAGGAGAGCAGGGCGUUCUGCGAGACCCUGGAGGAAAGCAACUACCGCCUGCAGAAGGAGCUGCUGGAGAAGCAGAAAGAGAUCGAUUCUCUGAAGAGGAAACUGGAGGAAAAGGAGCAGACCAUCCUGAUGCUGGAGAAGCACGCCAAUGGAGGAAGCUCUGGGUCUCCCUGCGCUCUGUCGGCUCAGGGAAGCGAGAGCAGCGCAGACGCCGAUGUGGAGUCGUCUGCAGCAGAGGCGGAUCAGGACACGCCCGAUGACACGGGUGGCAGGUGUCGGCUCCAGCCGGUGCGGUCCGCCGCCUGUUGGUGCGGCCCGGCCCUCAGCACCUCUCCUCCGGUCAUCCAGGUCACUCAGCUGUUCCACAAGAACACUUGAAGCCCAAGUCCAAGCCUUUUCUUUUUUCCUCCAGUUCCCCUCCGCCGUCCAAUUGGCUUUGACUUUCACUUCACUUCGCCUUCCUCCAUGUUUCAGGCUGGACCUGCUGUUUGACCUCAGAGGGGGCAGAGCUCGACCCGAUGCACAGAGAGGAAAUGGUUUCACACUGACACCCCUUGUGGGUUAUUUAACCCGGCACCCGAAACACUUUAUAAAACCCGACAACCUCAAGACGAAAAGCCGAUCCGGGUCGCUCUCUAACCUCCUCCUGCUUCUGCCAGGUCGAGUUUUUAUAAUAUUGCCUCCGGAAAGCGUGGCUCCGACAAAACCUGAAGGCUCGAAGACUUUCAGAACCGACAAUCGACAACAAAAGCAACCACUGACGUCCCCAGACGUUUGUUGCCUUUUUGAGAAGACGGCUUCUCCAAACAGAGAAACAGCACCCCCUUGUGGCUUCCUGGGCAGAUGUACCCAGGUGGGUUAUGUCACGGUCGAUAUCCAGGUACUUUGUGCUCCCACUGACUGUUAUCGGUGUAAACAAGCCCUCGGUUUACAUCGUGAAGCCAACAUUCCCUCUUGUUUUAAGUGCCAAGUGUGGUUUGGAAGCGUCAACAAAUCAAGAUGGAGGCAUGAAAUGCAAUAGCUGAUACGUACACAAAUCAUUUCAUAACUAAAUAGAAGAAAGGAAAAAAAAAACCUGAGAUCUGAUUCCUGUCCUGUUAGUAGUUAAAGUCGUUGUUUAAUAAUGUAAGGUACACUACAAAAAAAAAAAAAACAGUAUUUUUGGUCUAGUUUCUAGUGUAAAUAUCUUAGUUUUGUCUUAUUUCAAGUGUACUGACAUGCAAGUAACAUCAGCGAAAAUAUGGGUUUGUUGUAAGUUAGAAAUUCCUUUUGCAUAAGAGGAAAAAGUACUAGUUCCAACUAUAACUAGUACUUUUUCAAUUUUAGGAAAUAAUUGGCUUUAAAACAAGCUCCUAUA